AUCAGAAUAUCCGGUUUGGCUCGUGGACCCGGAAAAUGUCCGCGGAAAUUUGCAAAGAAACCCUUUAAAAAACGUAUUAUUACUUUACUCCACCUCCGUGUCCCCCCGCCUCAUCAGAGUUCGUCGGCGGCGAUGGCGGCAGCGGCUGCAACCGCCUUCUCCUGCUCCUUCGCCUCCCCGCGCCACCGCCGGAGUCCCACGACGGCGAGAGCUUCGGGGGCGGCGGUGGAGAUUCGGGUCUGCACCAACCGCACGUGCGCGCGCCAGGGCGGGCGCGAGGUCCUGGCGGCGCUCGAGGGGCUCGCGCCGCCGCGCGUCGACGUGGCCUCCUGCGGUUGCCUCGGCCGCUGCGGGGCGGGCCCAAACUUCGGCGCCUCCGUCUCCGGCGGCGGCGCCGCGGUGUUCGGCCACGUGGGCACCGCCGCGCGCGCCGCGCAGCUCCUGGAGCACCUGCUCGGCGACUCCGGAUUCGACGCGGCGGCGGGGCUCGCCGCGCUCGCGGCGCGUGAGAAGGCGGAGGCCGCCCUCGAGAAGGGUGGCGCCGCCGAAGCGGAAGCCCUCCUGACUGAGGCUAUCGAGAUGAAUGCUGGUGGCGGUCUCCACUUGGCGUACAGAAGCAGGUCUAGGGCUAGAUUGUCAAUGGGGAAUAUCACUGGUGCGCUUGCUGAUGCCGAGGAAGCAACAAAGAUUGCUCCGAAAUUUCCUCAGAUCGACGGAGGCCCCGAGGAUUGCCCCACCCGGCGAGGUGUGUGCUUUGUGACCAACAAGAAGAAACAAUAGACCACAUCCUGAUUUCCUGCCCGGAAUCCGCGCAAUUCUGGUGGAUUGUAAUGAAUACCAUUGGGCGUCCGGACCUCUUCCCCGCCUCUCAGAAUUCCUUCAUCUCUUGGUGGUCGGCAUCCAGGAAGGGAGUGGCAAAGCAACUCCGCCGUGGUUUCGAUACAGUGGUGGUCCUAGGCGCUUGGUCCAUAUGGAAAGAAAGGAACAAUAGGGUCUUCAACCAGAAGCAGCGAUCGUGGGAGGAGGUUGCUAGGGCAGCAGCAGAGGAGGCCGCCCUCUGGAGACUAGCAGGUCUUCUCCCAUAGUAGAUCAUGGCUGUCGUGGUCGCAAAAUUGAUGUCACGAGAUUAUAGCUUAGCCUCCUUUUCUUACCUUUCUUUUUCGGUUUCUAUUUCAGUUGCUUUGUAAAGAUGUCACAAUUUCUCCCCAAUCUUAAUAAAAAAGAUGCGCAGCUCUUUUGCGCAUUCUCAAAAAAAAGAUGACGGGCGAUAGCAAGUAUAGUUCUAUUGAUUUAUAUGUCUCUGACAUAUAGCUUACGUUCGCACAUGGUGUUCAAUGAAAUUCACUUGUAUAA